AUGACAUCCUACCUUCAGAAAGAAAGGAUCCCAGACCAGUGGAAGACCUCGCGAACCGUUCUUAUCCAUAAGAAAGGUGACCGAGAGGACCUUCGGAACUACCGUCCGAUAUGCUUGAUGAGCGUGUUAUACAAAGUAUUCACCAAGAUCAUAGUCACGCGCAUAUCUAGGACGCUAGAUGAAGCCCAGCCUCAAGAACAAGCUGGAUUCCGUCAGGGGUUCUGCUGCCUGGACCUUGUCGAGGGCCAUAAAGGUUUGCCGGGAAUACGCCUUCCCCUUGUUCUAACCUUCAUCGACUAUAAGAGAGCCUUCCACAGCGUAGAAACGAAUGCAAUACUGUCAGCGCUGGUCGAUCAAGGUUCCUAUGUGAGGACAUUAGCCAAUCGCUACGAUCGAUGCUCCACGAAAAUACAGCUUUUCCAUCGCUCUCUCACCAUACCCAUUGGAAAGGGAGUACGACAAGGUGAUACUAUAUCGCCGAAGCUGUUCACAGCUGCAUUGUAA